AGUCGAAAAAAAUUUUUGUAGAAGUGGAAUAAGUAACGAAUGUGUUACGAUUUGAGGUUGUUAUUAUCAUUCAUUUUUAUAUUCUGUUUUUAAUGCAAAAGUUAUAGGUGAUAGCAAUUUACAUUAUGUAUAAAUAUUUAUUACGAUUAUAAUACCUAUAUCACACUAAACGGAUUCGUAUUUCAAAUGAUCAACCAUUUGAUUCCAAUUUGCUACUUGGACAGGGUAGAUACAGAUGUGUGUGCUGGAACAACUGAAAUGGAUCCAACCUUACAGGUCAAGACCACAAGUAUAGCUGAUUCUAACAUGAGUAAUGAUAGUAAUCACAUAACCAAUGUUUCCUGUCAAAUGAAAGAAAAACUCCAUCUGCAAUCACAAGAUCUGUCAGAUAGUAUACAGAGUAAAAAUGAAGCAACUUCUAAAACUUCCCCUAUUAAUGGUUGUAUUUCAGAUGGUCUCUCGUGUCCCAAGUCAUUGGACUCGGCAUCCAUCAACGGUCUAGCGAAACAUGCUCUUGAGAAGCUAAGACAGUGUGAUUGUGUGUCUUGGGAAAACUGUGAUCGCAGUAAUAUUUUCUGUUACAAGACUGACAAAUUACACGAGAAUCAAAUUUUUCCAAAUGAGAAUUCACAAAACACUUUUGUAGAGGAGUGUGCACAAAAGUGUCAAAGUACUUUUAACCAAAAUUUUGUGUGUGGGGUACAUAGUAAGCCAGUCUUUGGACUAAGUUGCCAAACAAAGGGUGAAAUAGAUACUGCUGUAAGUACUUGUGGUAAUGAAAUUAUAGGUAAAGAGCAAGAAGUAAAAAAUAAAACUGUUGUAAAUUUUUCAUUAAAAGGCAAACUACAAGAGAGCUUAGUGACAAAAGGAUGUGAAUGUACUUCAAUAACUUACUUUGGAUAUGAGUCUGAAGAACAGAUGCCAGAAAUAAUCCAGCUCAUACAGAAGGACCUAUCAGAACCUUAUUCAGUUUAUACUUAUCGAUACUUCAUUCACAAUUGGCCAAAGCUUUGUUUUUUGGCCAUGGAUGGGAAGAAAUGUGUAGGGGCCAUUGUUUGCAAGCUGGAUGUUCACAAAAAACUGAUUAGAAGAGGCUAUAUUGCCAUGUUAGCAGUGGAUGAAAACUAUAGAAAACGAAGAAUAGGUUCCAAUCUGGUACUAAAGGCAAUUCGAGCCAUGGUAGCAGAUGAAGCUGAUGAGGUUGUACUAGAAACAGAAAUCACCAACAAACCGGCUUUACGACUUUAUGAAAACUUGGGGUUUGUUUGUGACAAACGACUUUUUAGAUAUUAUUUGAAUGGAGUAGAUGCACUUAGACUCAAACUAUGGCUCCGGUGAAAAUCUGGAUUCUUCUCCUGUUUAUUACUUCUUUCACAAGGAACGUGAAAAGGAAAUUUUGAUCGUUUGUACAAAUGCAAACUGCAACGAAAAUAGGAAAUCUCAUCACCUCGCAUAUUGUUCCCCAGUUUGAGUAUUUGAUCCUGGCUUGUCAUGUGUGACAGUUUACAAGGAAUUUUUGUGUCUCAAUAACAGCAGUUUUAAAAGGCAUCUUUGCCUGGUGGGGGGAAAAAAUAUAUAUAUUCAAGCAAAUUUGUAAAGCAUUCAAAGGAGAAAAAAAAAAGAACAAUCCAGAGGCUGAUAUUGUGUUAUGUAACUGUGUAAAUUGUAGGGUUCUUGUUCAAACAUUUGUAGUUUUUGCAAUUAAAACUUAGAUAGGCAACACGUAAUAUAAUUAAUUACGCUUAGUUUAAUAUUAUUAUUAUUAGUUUUUCAUUAAAAAAUUUAAAAGUUCACAAAAGUAGGUAAAUGAUUAUGUAAAAGUAUUUUCUAGUAUGAAUCCUUAGUGGUUGUGUAAAAAGUGUAAGAAAUGGGCUUAUUGGUAAAAAUAUCACUUCUAAUAAAAUAGCAUUGUUUCUGUUUAAAACGUUUUGUUAUAUCAUUAAAUUUUUAUAUCAAAAUAACUAAUCAGCAGUUAAGAAUCAACUUUAUAUGAAGAAAAUUAAACUUGACUGUGCAUGUACACAUUUAUAUUGGUGUUUUAGUCUAUCUGUGUUAUGUAAAAAUUAUAGCUAAAACAGAAAUAUUAAAUUUUUGAAAG